GGUCCAACUGCUCUGAGGGUUCCAGGGUGCACUUGUAGCCCCCACUUAUAGUUCGCAUCACUAAGAAUCGAGGCCCCGGGGUGCUUUGAGCCUAGGAACCCUAAAGUUUGCUCCGAGCACACGGCCCACCUGGUGCUGUAGGCGGAUGUCCCCCUUCUCAGACCAGUCCGGGCCGGGCUGAGCACAGCUCACAACGCUGAGGGCCGAGGCCUCUGCCUGCUCCUUGGCGCCCAUUGGGUGUCUGAAAUCUGGCGGGGGCAGCCUCAUAACCGCGAGGGAAGGUAGAGGGGACUGCGCGGACUCCCCGGGCUUUGCUGGGCUACCAGGAGGCUCCCACUCCGUCCCAGCGCCCCUGGGCCGCUUGCAGCCCUGGUGCCACCGGCGACACUGCCUUUCCAUGCCAGCUUCCUGAGCCCCCGGGCUGGUCGGCGGUGGGCCCUGGGCGAAGGAUUACCCCCAAUCUUGUUUGCGCCUCCGAACCGGAGAGUGCAGUGUGCGUGCACCGAGCCCGCUCCCCUGCGCUCCCUCCCCCGCCAACUCCUCGGGAGAGCAGCCCUGAACGGAGCUGGGAGCUUGAGGGAACCCCGACUGAGCUCUUGCCCCGAGCCCCCAGUACCCCUGCGCCAAAUUCUGCGCUUCGGGCUGCAGGGCAUCCCUGCCGCGGAGAGCCUGGCGCCCUGCACCGGCCAGGGCGGGCAGGAAGCCCCCCGGAGCACCGCCAAAUACUUUUCUCCGCCAGUUGGCUUGGCCAGGCUCCGUUCCGAUGCAGUGUGUCCGAAGCCUCCAAGGAAAGCUGGCAAUGUCGUCGUAUUCUGAUCCGUGAUUAAAUUCGAACUGAGCAGACACUAAUAGGAUUAGCCUGUCCGAAAACUCGGCCCUGAGGCCGUCGGUACCUGGGCAAACGGACGCGCCUCGGGCUGGGCAUUCACUCCCGCCGCGCUCCUGCAGCUGGGUGCGGCUGAGCUGGGCACCCCGAGUGUGCGUGUCUGUGAGCCGGGCGGGAGCACAGGGUGGCUAGGGGACCUGAAGAGAAGGGACUCCCCUUGCUGGGGUGGCUUGACGUUGUUGUUUGGCCCAGAAGGAACAUCCCCAGGGCGCUGAAUCCAGGGCAAACGUGCUGUUUGCGGAUAGUAGACCAAGGCCGGCUCUGGGACAUUGUCUGCGAGGGCUAGCGAACCAAGCUUAGGAGAGGCGGCUGCGCUGGAACAAAGAGGCAAAGUCUCCCCGAACCCGAGCAAUUUGGAAAGAGUUGGCUAGGCAAGAUCAUUGGAAAAUAAAGCUGCUGAUGUGCGAGAUGGAACAUAUGGUGCCUCCAUAAGAGAGAAGCUGAAAUGGCCUUGAACCUGCUGGACAGACCAGCUGUUUGCUGCCAGCCAGACCAGCUAAUCAGCUUCUUCCUCUUAAAGUAACAGCCCUCUUUUCUCCUGAUGACCAGUUUGCAUAUUAAAUAGGAUAUUCUCCGGAAGGGAAAAGUGAUGGGCUCCUAUGUUGUUUUGUGCUUUUGUGAUUCUCCAAUGCCUGUUCCCUGCUCUGGGGGCUGCCUUGUCCUCUCCUGGUGCCUACCUUCAGUGUGUGGGUGUGUUUCCUUCAAUACUGAUGUUAGAAUGUUGCUCAAAGUGGAACUUGGGAAAGGGGAGGCAGGAAAAGCAAAAGAAAGAGAUGGGGCUGAGAGAUUUCCCUAUGACUGGGAGGAAAUCUCUCUUGUGUUCCUGCUGGCUUUGGAAAAACUAGCAGUUCUUCCAGACUUCUCCCUUUAAAAAUAUCACCAAGAAGAGCUGAAGCUCUUCCUUGCAAGAUCUCCUUAAAAAUCAUCCUCUUCUGGCCACUUUCAGUUUUCUUUCAGUACAAUGUGUUUAAGGGGGGAGAACAGUUUAACACUGGAAAAAGAAAGCCUUUAGGAGAUACAAGGAAAUUCUAUAUUAGGAACUCAUUAGCAAAGGGUGACUUUGUUUUCCUACCACUGACGCUGACAGUGACACAGAUGUGUGGUUUGAAACAGAAACGUCAUUGAAUUUUUAAACUCAACUAGGAAAUAGCCUGUUGCUGGGGUGAGGGUGGGGGCUACACAUUCACUUCAUCUUAAGAUAGGAGAUUUACUGUUGUCAAUCUUUUUCACUACAGAAGGGAUUUUUUAAAGCUUGGCCAACAUGUUUAAUAUCCUUUUUUUCCCUUUUAAAUUGAUCACCUAAAGGUUUAAAAUGCACCUGUUAAUGGAUCGUCCCUGGGAAACUUGAUUACUAGUUGGGGUUAUGAAAUGAGAAGAAACUGAUCUUAGAAAAGCGGUUCUUCUGAAAAUAGAGUUGGACUGCUCGUCUUUAAAGGGGCUUCACAUCAGCAGUCAAAAAAAUUCUGAUUUUUUUUUUCUGCAACAGUGCACUGCACAUAUCAUUAGCCUAGGAGCUGGGAAAUUUGUGUUCUAGAAAGCUCUCCCUACUAAUUAGCAGAGUGAUCUUGGGCAAGUCUAUCCUCCCUUCUUGCCCUCCACCAUGACCUCUGAGUCUGAGCCCCUUCCAGUUCUAAGCCACUAUGAUUUGUGAACAAAAUAGUCAUUUUCUGGGGAAGCGAAACACCAAGUUCCACCUUGUCAUCAGGGAAAACAGCUAGAUAGAUAAUGCAAUGGGGACGGGUGUGCUGAGAUUCUGAAGGGCAGGGAUAAGAGGAAUAACAAAUGGCAGAAGGCCCAUCAAAACAGUGUGAAAGUGGGAAGUGUUCCCUCUCUUGUGUCUUUUGCAAGUGUGAACAUCUAACCCAGACUCAAUAGACGGUGGGUGGAGACCAGGAGGUAUCCCAGAGGACCUCUUAUCCAGCCCUCCUACUGUAGCCAUCUCAGGACCUAUUGAUGGCAGGCCUCCCGAUCAGUGGGUUGGUAUAACAGGAUCUAAACUCUUUAAAGUUAUACUGACAUAUUUCCAAAAAACUCAUCUAAUGUAGAGUACAUUUGCUGCUUUGCAGUUAUUUAGCAAAGGUUUCAAGGACAAAAAGGCCUUCCAUCCACACACAUGUGCACUAGUAGGGUGUGGCUUCUGAACCUUUUCUUUUCUUUUUAGUCCAGCUGGGUGUUUUUAAAAAAUCACAUUUCCAACUUUGAUGCCACAACAGCCAUGCAAGAAUCUGCCAUUGUCCUGCUUGAUCCACAGGGAACCAUCAAGAGGAGACAAGAAGGAGACAACUUCCAGUUUCUGGGCAUGGCUGAUGGGGGUUACCCUAAUAAAAUUAAGAGGCCCUGCCUUGAAGAUGUCACUCUUGCUAUGGGCCCAAGUGCCCAUCCCAGUACCCCCUGUGCAGAGCUGCAGGUCCCUCCGUUAACAAUGCAUUCUAGCCCUGCAGAUGUAGGAGUAAGUAGCCAGUCAUUACUACUCGAGAAUAAUUCCAUGAAUGGCAGCAUUAUGGAUUCACCAUUUGUGGUGCCACCAACUGCAGAAAUGGGGCUGAAAGGGCCCACCGUUCCUUACUGUGAGAAAAUCAACAGCAUGCCAGCUGUAGACCAAGAACUUCAAGAUCUGCUGGAGGAGCUAACGAAAAUUCAAGAACCUUCUCAGAAUGAGCUGGAUCUUGAGAAGAUACUGGGAAGCAAGCCAGAAGAGCCACUGGUCUUAGAUCAUCCCCGGGCAACUCUAGGCACGACUCCCAAGCCUUCGGUUCAGAUGCCGCACUUGGAGAGCCUUGCUUCUGGCAAGGAGUAUGCCUCCAGUUGCAGCCAAGUCGCUGGCAUAUCACUUCAAAUCCCACCCUUCUCCACAGGGAUCAACUAUUCCAUUCCUUCCACUAGUAAGCAGAUGGUCUCACCCAGUUCUACAACAGCACAGGCCAAGAACCAGGUCCAGGCCAUGCUCCCUGCCACUUUGCCCCCACUUCCAGUGCCUAAAUGGCAUCAUGCCCACCAGCUGAAGGCGUUGGCAGCCAGCAAGCAGGGAUCUGCUACAAAGCAGCAAGGGGCAACUCCCAGUUGGUCUGGUCUGCCUCCUCCAGGCCUCUCUCCACCUUACCGCCCAGUGCCAUCACCUCACCCACCACCGCCGCCACCUCCACCACCACCAUUCAGCCCUCAGAGCCUCAUGGUGUCCUGCAUGUCAUCCAGCAACUUGCCAGGCAGCACUGUCCAAGGCUCUCCCAAUGCCUUACUCUCAAGCCUGGCGUCUAGCAGCAAUGCUACCCUGGGGCCCGCCAUGCCCUAUCCCCCUGAGAAGCUCCCCAACCCCGCUCUCACACAGCAGCCGCAGUUCAGCCCGCAGAGCUCUAUUCUUGCCAACCUCGUGUCCUCUACCAUCAAAAACCCUCAAGGACACCUGAUGUCUGCUCUACCCACCAGCAACCCUGGUCCAUCGCCACCCUAUCGCCCAGAGAAGCUCUCAAGCCCAGGCCUGCCACAGCAGUCCUUCACCCCACAGUGCUCGCUUAUCCGGAGCCUCACACCCACCAGCAGCCUGCUCAGCCAGCAGCAGCAGCAACAACAGCAGCAGCAGCAGCAGCAAACAAACGCAAUCUUCAAGCCCGUGACCUCCAACUCAUCCAAAAACCUUAGCAUGAUCAUGCAGCAGGGGAUGGCUGGCUGUGGCCCAGGAGCCCUGGAACCAUUUACUUUUGGCAACACCAAGCCCUUGUCCCAUUUUGUUUCUGAGCCAGGCCCCCAGAAGAUGCCCCCCAUGCCUGCCACCUCUAGGCAGCCUUCCAUUCUCCACUACCUGCAGCAGCCGACGCCCACACAGGCCUCCUCUACCACUGCCUCCUCUACCACCACUGCCACCCUGCAGCCACCACAGCAGCCUGACCAUUCUUCAUUCCUCCUGCAGCAGAUGAUGCAGCCCCAAUGCUUUCAGCGACCAUUGGCCUCAGAUUCCAUGCCUGCGCUGCCCAGACAGGCCUGUUGCCAUCUGUUUGCAUGGACUUCUGCAGCUAGCUCGGUGGAGCGCCCACAUCAGCACUGGAACUCUUACACUAGCAGGCAAGAUCCUCACCCUGGAGACGUGGCACCAUCUAACAUUCAAGAGAAACAGAGAUCAGGUCUUAUGGCAAUGACCCCUGAACAGCAGAGUGCAUAUAUCGCCCAACAGAUGAGUCAAUUUCAAGCCGUCCAAGAACAAGUCACCUCCAAGUGUAGCCAGACCAAGGCAAGCCCCUCAUCCAGCCAGCACAUGAUGCCACCCCAAACUGGACUCCUUCAGAAAAAUCUAAGUCCAGGAAUGAUCCCACCUACCAGGCACCAGAGCCAUGAGGACGCGGGCAUGAUCUCACCAACUACAGGGAAGCAGCGUGGAAUUUUCAACUCCAGCCCCCAGUUUCCCAUACCCACACGUUCUGGCCAGAACCUCCUGAGCAGUCUUGGCUCUGUCUGCCGGCAUAUGCAGAAUCCCAAGGCCAACCCCCCGGGAGUGCCCCUGCCUGGGUUCUGUCCCAGCCUUCUGGGAAGACAGGCCCUGAGUCCCCACCAGCUCAGACAGCCCAGUGUGCCAACAAUGCCCACUGUGUUCAACAAUGCCGGAUGGGUCGCAGUGGCAGCAGCUGUGACCACAGCAGUUUUGAGGGAACCACACCCAAACCAAGCAGAUAAUAGCAUUCAGCAGCAUUUUGAUAGCAACUUAAUCUUUGCCAAGGCACCUAUGAGAGUGCCAUCCAUAGCCCCAGCAUUCCUGUCGCAGCAGGCAGUUGUACCCCCCAAUCAGAUGGCCCUAGGAGGCAGGCCUGGCCAGAAGUUGAGUCCUGCCCUGGCCAACUCUAGCUUCAGCUUGCUGGGCAACCAAAGCCUCAGGCAGAGCCCAGUGCGGGGCCCGGUGCCUGUACUGAGCACUACGAAGUCCCUCCAGCAGGGCAUGGCCAGCUUCCAUCCCAUGAGUCCCAUACAAGGCAUUGAGCCGCCAAGCUAUAUGGCUGCUGCUGCUGCUGCCGCUGCUGAUUCUGCCAUCACUGCUAGCCAGUUCCCAAGUCCAUUCAACAGAAUGAGUACUCCCCUUGAGCUGCCACCCAACAACGUUUUGCUGCAGCCCCAGCUGCCGCUAUGCGAUCUGAUUUCACCACCUAACUGCAGUGAGGUGGAUUUCAUUGAAGGUCUCUUGAAAGGCUCCAGCGUGAGCCCAGGUGAAGACUGGGUGUACAACUUGAGGCUGAUCGAUGACAUUUUGGAACAGCAUGCUGCUGCCCCAAAUGCCACAGCCCAGAAUGCUGGCCAACUCCCCCAGAAUGCUGGGGAGCUUUAAAUCUGAGCAGGCUGCCCAUAGAAGCCCCCAUGUUGGCAUUACUAGGGAGUGGCAUGAGCCAUAGCAAAUUCACACCUGGCCUCAGACAGCUGCAGUUGUCUCCUCAUUACCAUUUGAGUGGCACAGGCCCAUGCCCAUCCUUCUCUCUACCUGUGACAAAAUGGAAAGCUGGUGAUUUUUCAAGCUACUUAUACAUAUUUGAAAAUUUUGUAAAUGGUUUUCCUAAACAUUAAUGACAGAAGUAUUUAUACUUCAUUUUGUGACGUUGUAAAUAAAGUGACAGCUUUUGUUUCAGUAGAGUUGUGUUUAUUACACAUUGUUACAAAUAUGCAGACUGUGUUGUUCACUCCAGUGAUACCUUGUUGAGCUAGAUGGCUAAGUUGCUUAUGAUUUUUAUGCAAUGAGCGAUGUGGAUGUGACCAAGAGGUGUUGGGCAAACUGACAAAUGCCAAAUAGAAAACCACUUGGCCAUUUAUUUCCAUUUUCACUAAAAAUUCCAUCGCCUUGUGUGGUUCUUAAUUUCUUUUGCAAACCUUUCAGUCUCCGCUAGCUCUUUCCUAAUGAGCAUUUACAGAAGAAACCGUUUUUUGUCCUUAAGUGCCCCGCAGAGACACUUUGCCAAGAGGCUGAGAGUUUCUUACAUCUGGGAGUGGCGCAGAGACAGCGCAAGCCGAGCACUGAGCCCUCCCCUGGAGGAACUAGAGCGCCCUCCUACCUUUAUGGUUCAGGCAGAGAGAAGGUGCCAGCUUAUCCUUGCAGGAUAAAGGCAAGCUGGUCCUGGGUUAAAGCCUUUCAGUAUUUGUUUUGAUAUAAGGCUCUGUGGCUUGGGAAAAACAUCUGUAAACAUUAAAAGUUGAUUUGGGGCUUGUCUUUGAUGGUUUCUAUCUGCAAUUAUUGUCAUGUAUAUUUAAAUGUCCGUUAUAGAAACCCACACCCACUGUCCUGUAAACUUUUCUCAGUGUCCAGACUUUGUGUAAUCACAUUUUAAUUGCCACAUUGUAUUUUGCUUCUACAUUUGAAAUCUGGCAUCUGUUUCCAGCCAGUGUGUUUUUUCUUUGUUCUGUAAUAAACAGCCAGGAGAAAAGUG